AGAACCAACAAGACUCUCAGAUCAAUGCACACAAUGGACACCAGGGGGCGCCGGUUCGUAUCGUGUCUGCUGCUCUUUGCGCUGCUGGCUUCCUGUCUGCCGUUCACUGCGAGCAGGCAGCUGCACCUGGGGCAAUGCGUCAUCAACGUGCACACGCAGGAGCUGAAGCAGUACUUCAGCGAGAUCCGCCAGAGCAUGCUGACGGAGGACAGCCAUAUGGGCCUGAGGCUCCUCAAGUCACACACUAUGAAAGAUGUGCAGCCCACGGAGAGCUGCUGUUUCCUGAGGAUGCUGCUGCGUUUCUACGUGGAGAGAGUGUUCAGCAGCUACAGCACUGGGCAGUCUCACGUCAGGAGGAGCACCAGCAACCUGGCCAACUCCUUCCUCAGCAUCAAGAAGGACCUGCGCCAAUGUCAUGCUCACAUGCAGUGUCACUGCCACGAACACACCAGCCACAAAUUUGCAGAUAUUCAGGCCAGCUUUGAUAAGCUGAACCAGAAGGAGGGCGCGGUGAAGGCCAUGGGGGAGCUGGACUCUCUCCUGGAUUGGCUGGAUGGGUUCCACCAUCUCAGGCACCAUUCCUGACAGAGCAGAGUGAGGGAAUGUCCUCAGCCAAUCCGCAGCUAAGAAGGCCAUGACCGUCCC